AUGAAACUUCUAACAUCUAAAUAUCCUAAAAUAUCAAAAGAUAUUUUUCAGAGGAAUAAUAUUAUCCUAAGAAAAAAGAACCAAACAAGUAAUUUUAAGAAAUUAUUGUGUAGGUCUUUUAUAUUUUAUUCAGCCAUGCAAAAAGUAAUUGGGACUCAUUCAGGACGUUUUCAUACUGAUGAGAUAUUAGCAUCAGUGAUGCUAAAAUUUUUACCUGAAUAUAAAGAUGCAAAAAUUAUCAGAACCCGGGAUCAAGAACUUUUAGAUAAAUGUGAUGUUGUUGUAGAUGUAGGAGGGGUAUAUGAUCAUGAAAAAAAGAGAUAUGAUCAUCAUCAAAGAGAAUUUAAUGAGGGGUUAGAUGAAAAUCACAAUAUAAGACUAAGUAGUGCAGGGUUAAUUUAUAAACAUUAUGGAAAAGAAGUACUAAGGAAAGGAUUUAAUAUAACUGAUGAAAAUAAAGUAAAUAUAAUAUAUGAUAAAAUAUAUACUACAUUAAUAGAAUCGAUAGAUGCACUUGAUAAUGGGAUUAAUCAAUACGAAGGAGAAGCAAAAUAUCAAAUAAAUACAACCUUACAACACCGAGUAAAUAGAUUUAAUCCAAAUUUUUUGGAAGACGGUGCUGAUGAAAAUGAGCGUUUUAUGUUAGCUUCAAAUGUUGUAAAAGAUGAAUUUUGUAGUUUUGUAAAUUAUUAUUCUAAUGUUUGGUAUGAAGCUAAAACUAUAACUUUAGAAGCUGUGAAGAAUAGAUAUAAUUUUCAUAAAUCAGGUAGAGUUAUAUUUUUACAAAAGCAUUGCCCAUAUUCGGAUCAUAUAUAUAAUAUAGAAAAGGAGCUAAAUAUUAAAGAUCCAAUUUUAUUUUGCAUUUACAAAGAUAGAUAUAAUAAUUGCAGGUGUGGUACAAUUUCAAAAGAAAACGAAGGUUUUAAUCUUAGACUUCCAUUUCCAGCUAGUUUUAGAGGUUUAAGAAAUGAAGAUCUGGUUAAAGAAUCAAAUAUCGAAGGUUUAUCAUUUGUUCAUUAUUCUGGCUUUACUAGUGCUGGUAAUAAUAUUGAGUGUUUGGUUAAAUUGGUUGAGGCCACUUUAAAAGAGAAUGGCAUUUCUUACUAA